UUUCAUCACCAAAACUUCAAAGUAGGGUCACCAAAAACAGGCAAAGAGAGUGUGACAGAGUUUAAUGAACUUCAACCUUCAAAGCAUGAACCCAUCAUCAUCAUUUGUGGCUACCAGAGAUCAAGCUCUCUCUGUUUUCAACCACCCUUUCUCACAAUCUCACUCUUUCCUUGUUUCUAAUUUCAAAAAUGGCUCCUUUCUAUCUCCCAUCAAUACCCACACAAGAAGGCCAAAGACCCACACUUCUUUUACCACUCCUAAGCGAUUCCAACCCAUCACUGGUUGUUUAGGUGAGAGGAAUACACCUGCAAAGGCACUUAGACAGAUUCUGGAAUCGCCUGGUGCUCACCAAGGCCCUGCUUGUUUUGAUGGUCUCAGUGCUAAGCUUGUUGAAAGAGCUGGCUUUCAGUAUUGUUUCACCAGUGGAUUUUCCAUUUCUGCCGCUCGCCUGGGACUACCAGACACCGGAUUUAUUUCUUAUGGAGAAAUGGUGGAUCAGGGGCAACAAAUUACUCAGGCUGUAUCAAUUCCUGUCAUCGGAGAUGGUGACAACGGAUACGGAAAUGCGAUGAAUGUGAAGAGAACUGUUAAAGGAUAUAUAAGAGCAGGCUUUGCCGGGAUCAUUCUCGAAGAUCAGGUGUCCCCAAAAGCUUGUGGACAUACACAAGGCCGGAAGGUGGUUUCCAGAGAGGAAGCUGUCAUGAGAAUUAAAGCAGCAGUUGACGCUCGCAAAGAGAGUGGUUCCGACAUUGUUAUUGUGGCACGAACAGAUUCUCGUCAAGCACUGUCUUUAGAGGAGUCACUCUGGAGAUCAAGAGCUUUUGCUGAUGCCGGUGCGGAUGUCCUUUUUAUUGAUGCACUAUCGUCUAAAGAAGAGAUGAAAGCUUUCUGUGAAGUUUCUCCAUUAGUUCCAAAAAUGGCCAAUAUGCUUGAAGGUGGGGGGAAAACACCAAUACUAUCUCCGCUUGAACUUGAAGAAAUUGGAUAUAAACUUGUGGCAUAUCCGCUUUCCUUGAUCGGGGUAUCCAUCCGAGCAAUGCAGGAUUCACUGACUGCUCUCAAUGGUGGUCGUAUUCCACCUCCAGGAAGCAUGCCAUCCUUUGAGGAAAUCAAGGAAAUCUUAGGUUUCAAUAAUUACUACGAAGAAGAAAAAAGAUAUGCUACCAGCAAGUAUCAACUAUAUGCUGACAGAGAGGGCAGUAAUGCAUACAGUAUACAAAGGGUUCGAGAUGACUCGGAACAAAGAGGUCAAAGUCCUCAAGAUCCAGUUGUUGAGGUGAUAACUCCUGAUGUAUACACUAAAUAUGGUGCAGAUGGUUCAAGGGAUCCUUUUUCUGGAAUCUGGUCUCGGACAUUGAGAAUCAAGAUUACUGGAAGAGAUGGAUUUGAGAAACUUGAUGUUAGAGUUCCAGCCGGGUUUUUGGAAGGAAUCACAAAUAUCGUUCCAGCUUUGGGUGGUGUAAACCUCAAGGCAUUGUUGGACGAUGCUGCCGAGGAAGUAGGGGGGAAGGUAUUGUUGGAUUUUAACGACACAAUGGGUGAUCGAAUUCAAGUCUUUCUUGAGUGAAACCCGAUUGUGAUCAAGCUGUCAGGAGUCCAAACUGGAAGGUAGUUUUCGGGAGAAAUGCGGAUGGGAUCGCAGAGGUGGCGAGCAGAAAACUAGCAGAUUCGCACCAUAGUUUAAAGCCUUCCUUAGAAUCAUCAAGUUUUCGAAAAUACUUGGGAACAAAUACAAACUGAUCAAACCAUAGUUUCUUUAUAACAUCAAAAUAAAGGCAUGCAAGUUAUAAGAACAUCUUACGGUAUUCAAUGAUGUAAAGCUUUGUACACUCAAGUUUGAUGCAAAUUGGUUCUCAUUAACAA